AUGACGAGCCUAAGCAACACAGUUCCGCAACUGGCUGGCGGUGAAUCCAGUGCUAGAAACCCAGUUACACAAAGGACAUCAAGACGACGUCCAAAUAAGCCAAUGACGGCCGAGCGGCGCAUGCAAAAUUGCAGAUCCCAGAGGGCAUACCGUCAGCGGAAGCAGGAAAGAUUGAAAGCGCUUGAAGCCAAAGUUGCCUCCUUGGAGUCUGGCCAUGAAGUCGAGCCUGUUCCUAGACAGGCUCUAGCAACGCCUCUAGCAAUUCCCACCUCGAAUUCUCUGCGGAUAGGAGGCUCGCCAUCUUCCCCGGCACAUGUCACAUCGAUAGCCAUUGAUUCAUCGCAACCUUACAACUUCAGCUCUGGGAACUACGACGCCAGUAUAUGGCUAGAUCAUCUACCACCAACUUCACUCCAGACUGAAACGAUGCCCUUGCCUCAGAUAAGCUCAAAUGCGGACCUGCCAAUGGUUUCAGAGACCCAUUCUACUGAAAGCUUCUCCGCUUUACUCCAUGAUACCAAUACAGGGGCGUUUUCGAGCAUUCAGACACAGGGGACAUCUAUACCAACUACAACUGAAAUAUCCGAUACCACCGCUAUGCACAUUUAUCGGCCAAGCAGUAAGCCGCUUCUCAUCAAGCCACAGCUCAUCCGCAAGUGGUUUCAAUCUCUUUCCCAGUCCACGCGCCGUCUUCUCGCUCAACUGGCCAAGGACGGCGACUUCAGUUUUGUAGACAUGAUCUCAUCUCUAUUACUGGCCGAGAUGCGCGCAACCAAUAGUAAUGGCCAGACCUUCGAAGGCAGCGACCCAGAAAAGACAGAAUCCCGGCUGUUGGAGAUGAGAUUCGCCAUGUCGCCCACAGCUUCUUAUUCGCCCUACCGCAAUGUGCUUCGCAUUGCGAGGUUCUCUUAUUUCGCGGCCCUUUUUACUAAUUUUAGCUGCCUUGGCUUUGACUUUGGGCUGGUUCUUGAUGAGCGUAGCCUGUCUCCCUUCUGCACCCGCACUCCCACCGAAGAUACAAGGUCUUCUACAAACACAUGGGAUGCCAAUAUCCCGCCCAGCCUGCGUCCAAUUCCUUCACAAUAUACUGUGCCGCAUCAUCCAUAUCUUGACUCCUUGCCGUUUCCUACUUUUCGACGGCGCGCUUUGGCUGCCCUGGCGGCGGAUCCUCCUCUGUUGGAUGAAGACGACCUCUGUAUUGAUCUGAUGGUGCGCGAUGGGUUGGUGUGCUGGGGUUCCGCCAGCCAAAAUGGCAUGGAUCACGGAACACCUUGGGAUAGUCACAGCUGGGAAGGUAAAGAGUGGUUUCUGCGGAAAUGGAAGUGGCUUCUUGGACAAGAGAGUGAACUGUGGCAUAGCUCGCGGUGGUGGGCGGCACAGAGGGGGGAGUACAUAUCUAUGCGAGACUGA